AUGAACCGCAGUAUCAUCUCCCCAUGUGACAGCCUCACUGUGGUCGGAGUUUCUAGAUACCGCCUCACACUCAGGAGGGAGGAGGGCGGACCCCAGCAGCCUGAUGACAGCCACCUCCUAACUCAGGGCUCCUCUGCUCUGCUGUGUCCCCCACACGUGCAGGUUGACAGCACCCUGGUCACCUGGCCCUGCGGGAACCAGGCAGCUGCUGUCAAGUCCAGACACUUCCCUGGCUGCUGCUUUGGCUGGAAUGCGUUAUGCCUGCGCACGACGAGGGUUCACACACCUUUUCCCAGCAUCGCUCUGCUCUCCGCGCUCCCCGCGCUCCAACCAACGGUUCAGAACGCGCUGCUGCUUGAUCCGUUACCCCCGUGCCUCUGGGGAGGUGGGUCUGACGCCGGUUUUCCUGUCUCCUGGCUUGGAUGCUUUGGGAGGGACCCCUGUGUUGACUGCGAACCUCGGCGUCUCAGCCUUUUGCUUUCCUGCGCGUCGUCGGGCAAACCAGCCUGGUUCGGGACCCCCCAGGCUGGGGCUGCUGGGCACACGCCCCUCAUGAACUUCAGCAAAAUGACGGCAAGCUCUCAGAAGUGGAAGAGGUUCAAGAAACAUACAUACAAACCGAUUGCCGGCCCUUGACAGGCUUCAUGUCUUAGGAUUCUGGAGACUAUAAUGGCUACAUGAUC